CCGGUGCAGAGUGCGGCAUCCCGGGCCCGGGAACCAGGAUAGAUAGCACCGCGGCCGAGGCGACGGGGGGUGCGGGGUGGAGCGUGCCCUUUAUUUUCUAUACGGGUUCCGGGGCCCGGUAGAGGCGCGCCGAGAGGAAAGGAAAGUUGCGGAGGCCCUGGAACCUGGAUAUCGCGCGAGGCAAGCUGCGCGCGGGCGGGCGGGCUAUGGCGCAGGCGGGUUGCGGGGCCGGCGCUGGUGGCGGGGCCCGGUGCAUGGCGGUCUGUCGGCGGAGUCGCCCUCGGGGGCUGUCAGAUUUGUGACCCAGAAGGAAAUCUCACCUCAGCUGUGGCUCUCAGUGCUGGCCAGAAGCCAACUUCAUGUCUGAAAGCACGAGCAGCAGUUUGUCAUGGAGAGCUUGGGGCUACAGACGGUGACCCUCAGUGAUGGGACGACGGCUUAUGUCCAGCAAGCUGUCAAAGGAGAGAAGCUGCUUGAAGGGCAAGUGAUCCAGCUUGAGGACGGAACCACCGCAUACAUUCACCAAGUGACGGUGCAGAAAGAACCUCUUUCCUUUGAGGAUGGACAGCCUGUGCAGCUGGAGGACGGCAGCAUGGCCUACAUACACCACGCACCCAAAGAGGGCUAUAACCCCAGCGCCCUGGAGGCCGUCCAGCUGGAAGACGGCUCCACUGCCUACAUUCACCACCCCGUGGCCGUGCCGUCGGACAACACCAUUCUGGCCGUGCACACAGAGGUGGGCUUGGAGGACCUGGCCGCAGAGGACGAUGAGGGCUUCAGUGCAGACACCGUGGUGGCCCUGGAGCAGUACGCCAGUAAGGUUCUGCAUGACAGCCAGGCAUCUCAAAACGGCAAAGGGCAGCAGGUUGGGGACAGAGCAUUCCGCUGUGGGUACAAGGGCUGCGGACGUCUCUACACCACUGCUCAUCACUUAAAGGUGCACGAAAGAGCUCAUACAGGUGACCGUCCGUACCGGUGUGACUUCCCCAGCUGUGGAAAGGCGUUUGCCACAGGAUAUGGACUGAAGAGUCAUGUGCGCACCCACACUGGAGAGAAGCCAUACAAGUGCCCAGAGGAGCUGUGCAGCAAGGCCUUCAAGACCUCGGGAGACCUGCAGAAGCACGUCCGGACCCACACCGGUGAACGCCCGUUCCGGUGCCCCUUCGAGGGCUGUGGCCGCUCCUUCACCACGUCUAAUAUCCGCAAGGUACAUGUGCGCACCCACACGGGCGAGCGGCCCUACACCUGCCCCGAGCCCCACUGUGGCCGCGGCUUCACCAGCGCCACCAACUACAAGAAUCACGUGCGCAUCCACACAGGGGAGAAGCCAUACGUUUGCACGGUGCCAGGCUGUGGGAAGCGCUUCACCGAGUACUCGAGCCUGUAUAAGCACCACGUGGUGCACACGCACUGCAAGCCCUACACCUGCAGCACCUGUGGCAAGACCUACCGGCAGACCUCCACCCUAGCCAUGCACAAGCGCAGCGCCCACGGCGAGCUGGAGGCCACAGAGGAGAGCGAGCAGGCCCUUUACGAGCAACAGCAGCUCGAGGCCGCCUCUGCAGCCAAGGACAGCCCACCACCCAAACAGCCCCAUAUUGCAUACCUUUCGGAGGUGAAAGAAGAGGGUGAUGACAUCCCAGCCCAAGUGGCCAUGGUGACUGAGGAGGACGGGGCGCCCCAGGUGGCUCUGAUCACUCAGGAUGGUGCCCAGCAGGUCAGCCUGUCCCCGGAAGACCUACAGGCCCUGGGUAGUGCCAUCAGUAUGGUGACUCAGCACGGCAGCACCACCCUCACCAUCCCCAGUCAUGACGAUGACCUUGCCACAUCUGGCACCCAUACGGUCACCAUGGUCAGCGCUGAUGGCACCCAGACGCAGCCAGUCACAAUCAUUACCUCUGGGGCUGUGGUGGCCGACGACGCGAGUGUAGCAUCCGUUCAUCAUCAGCAGGUGGCACUGUUGGCCACGGCCAACGGAACACACAUCGCUGUGCAGGCAUUCCCUUCUGUGAGCAAGCCCGACUCUCGGACCCUGGACGUUCUGUGGCUCCCUGGCCAUACCCAGCCUGAUUGGACUCAGGGAACUUCCUGGUUAUUGGCGCCCUACUAAGUACUCACUGGAGGAGCAGCAGACUUUAGAGGAGGCCAUCAAUGUGGCCACCGCUGCGAUGCACUAAGGAGCCGUGACCUUGGAGACCACAGAGUCCGAAAGCCGCUGCUGAGCCCACGAGGGCCGGGUCCCAUUCGUGUUGGAGGAGGUGCCGAGCCACCCAGCCAUCCUCCUCUCCAAGGGCCCGGGCUGUGGCUGACACGGGAAGGUGGCCACAUAGGUCUCCAGGGCGAUAAGGCAGCAGGAAGACGGCGUAACUGAAGGAAAUCAUGGCCCUGCCCAAGAGGAGGGCUGGAUAGCUGGAGUCGGGAGCGUGUCGUCCUCAGGAGCUGAGGAGGAUGAGCUUGAUUGAUCUCCAGGCUGCAAUGAGGUGUCUCCCUUCAGAAUCAGCAGGGCGCCCACUCCCCUCCCUCCAGGGAAUACCUUCCUGCCCUCAGUCCACUCCCCUUCUCAGGGGGCGAUUGGGGCUGCUGUGGGGACUGGUCCUCACUCUGACUGGUCGCUGCCCGCCAGGGGAGAGGGCAGACAGGUCUUCAGCCCAGUAGGGGCAGAGCAGGCCCAGUCGUGCCCCUCCCAGCAAUAACCACCUCCCCGAAGGCCAGCCGAGAUGCCUGGCCACUUGGCAGCAAGGACUUCCUGCCAGCGCAGCCAGAAGUGCUCAGGGGCCAGUGGCUGGAGGAAAGGUGUCCAGCCUCACCCCCUACCCCAAGCUGCCCCCAGCCUCUCUGUGGCAGAGAGGCAGGGAGCAACCUUGUACAUACUGGGGAUUGAGUUCAAUUUUUUUUAAUUGCAUUUUGAUAAUUUUUUUCCUGCUCUGGGCAGUGAUGGCAAACGGGUGAAUGAGUAUUUAAUAAAAGUUCCAAGUUUC